AUGGCGACUACUCCCCCUCAAGGUCUCGAAGAGGCCGGCGCCAUGCACUUCGAUGGCGAUGAGGAGGACGACGUUGAGAUCGACGGCAUCGUGCAAGGCACAAGAAGACGACGAGGUGCACGCUCCCAGGCACCGACUGAGCCCGAAGAGCCCCGAUCGACGAGACCGGCAAGACGCAAAGCACCCAAGCGAGGAAGGAGUCCGUCGGUAGAAGUCGUCUUGCCAGACAGAACCAAGAGGAAGAAGACGAGCCAUCUGACGCCAAAGAGUGGCGGAGUCGCGGAGCGGUCUCGAGAAGAGGGCAGUUCCCAUUCAUCCUCGCCCGAGCCUACCGAGGGUCACGUUCUAUGGGGCCUUGUGCGAGAGAAUUUGUCAAAGAAGAUGUCUACGGCCCGAGUUCGAGAGUAUAUGGAUGAGACGCUUCCUAUCCUGACGAAACGUUAG